CGUUUUUCAAGGCAAGAUUGCAUUCACAAAACAUCCCCCACGUGUCAAAAGUCACCAACAUCCAAGUCAAUAUCAAUGCAACACCCAAGGUUAUCUCCAAUCCGCCAAGCCUGGUACAAAUGGAAAGCACUGCGUUUACCAUGGCGAAAGCGAUUCCUCAUCGGUCUUGACCUCCAGGGCAACACCUUUUGGGAAUUCCGUGAUGUGCGCGGCGACGGCCCCAUCUCACGGUGGCGGCGCAUCGUCAAGUUCCCAUCGUCGACGCACUACGGAGACGUCAAGGUCAGCCCGCAGUGGAGCCAGUGGCUGCGGCACAUGAGGGAGCACCCGCCGUCGCUCGAGGAGCAGCAGCAGGAUCUGGUCCGGCAGCAACGGAUGAAGCUCUUGGCCGCCGAGGCCGACGCGAGGUGGAAGGCCAAGCCGAGCAUUCUGGAUCCGCCGUCUGCGACCGCCGGCCGCCAUGGUACUCAGAGUCUUCCGGUGGAAGGUGGUGGGUUCGUAGCUGAAGAGCAACAACAACAGAAGCAGCAGCAGCAGCAGGAUGAUAGCGUUGCUGUUGGUCAGCAAGGACAACAGGAGCAGCAAGCUUCACCACCCCCGGCACCUGCAAAAGACCCAUGGGCUAAAGCGAGGGGUGGACCUAGUGAAAGCUGGCAGCCAGAGGCAUGGAAACCUACAUCCACGCGCAAGAGAUGAGAAGCAGGAGCUCAUUAGCUGAGACGUGUCAUUUGUACUUGUACAGUUAUUGUAAUAACAGGAGCAUACGAUAAUUUUGGGAUACAUAUAAUGAAAGAACGAAAACUGGAU